AUGUCAGAUAAUAACCAGAUUGGCGAAGCUGGUCUUCACCAUCUGCCUCUGCGCUUGAGAGACGGGCGACACAGCGAUGCGCCACUAUCAAAAUUCCCUGUUCUAGGCCAGCGCAAAGGGAAAAGGGUCCCUGAGAGUCUCCAUUUCAACCCUGGCGCAUUCCGUCUUCGAUCACCUACCGAGUCGUCCAUGAGCAGUAUUUCUUCAGCCAACGUCCCAGACUCAGCGACCACGCAUUCCCUUUCAACUUUGGCCAGCCCUAUCAGUACCACCUAUGCCAGCUCUAUCCAGGAACAAUUUGCAGCUGCGACACUCGACAGCUCAAGGCCGGCCAGUCGCAUCUGCCAUCGCCACAAUCCUUCCAGUGGAACUUGCUCAACGUUUGUGAAUGAAGACGACGAUGCCAUCAUCACGGGUUAUCCGGAGUUUGACCUCAAGAUCCGCAAUGUUCAUGAUGCACAGCGCCGACCUGCUGUUCAAGAGCUUUGCCUUGCAAGCACAGAGUCUUUCAUCAAAGAAGAGAGAGUUCAUACGCCUACAGAAUCUCACCACACAGAAGACAUCCCUUCCGGUGAUGCCGAUGAAGAAGAUUCAGAAGAUGUCUCACCAGACGAUGCAAACCUGGUGCUCAACUACGCUCUUCAAAUCAUUUACGGCGUUGACAUGAAUGAUGUUUCAAUCUCUCAAGACAAAGUACAAAGUCUUAUAUCCAACUUCACCCAAGAGAUAGACCAGCACAUCUGGCAAUCUGCCUCAGACGGCCAACUCUCACACACAAUGUCAACGUCAAGCUCAUCGUCAUCGCCCUCCCAGGACGCCCCCGGCAACGACCGACGGGGUGGAAAGCGGAAGAAGCAGGGAAGACGCGAAGAUGACGGUGAUGAAUUCAGCGACGGCGAGGGCUCGGGCUAUCUGCAGACAAAGCGCAUACGGCCCAACCCCAAAGGAGAUGAGAAUCUUCGACUCAGCUGCCCGUUCCGGAAGCGAAAUCCCCAUCGCUUCAAUGUGAGAGAUCAUCAUAGCUGCGCAAUGACUUAUUUCCCCAAAUUUGCAGAACUCAGACAACACAUUGUAAAGCAGCAUAAACGCGACGAUCCGUCUGCGUAUGUCUGCGACCGAUGCAGUCGUGACUUUCCCACACGCAAGGAACUGCGCGAUCAUCAACGUCUCCCGAAGGAGUAUAUGUGCGAUAUCGCCGACGCAGAUGCUGAAAGUGGGAUUGACCCUCAGACUGCGACCAAGUUGUUGAGCAGGAAGCGAGCGAGUGGUACAUCGCCCGAAGUUCAGUGGAAGGAGAUUUGGAAUAUUGUCUUCCCUGACGAUGACGACAGUGAUGUCCGGCCCUAUGAAUAUACUCCUGUUAUUGAGCAUUUCGAAGUCGCUGCCAAGUAUCAAGAAGCUUUUGAACAGCUAAAACUCUCUCUUCUGGACAAGAUUUCCAACCCCGCGACUCUGGAAACUCUCUCCACGAAAUUCUACCAAUGCUUCAUCGAGACACUAGACCAUUGUAUCAACGAUGCCCAGAGUAUGCCUUAUACAAACCGCAGCAACAAAAAGAACGACAUCGUCCGAUCUCAAGCACCGCAGAGUAUCGUCCAGCGUAAGGGUCGUGAUAUCAUGCCCCGUCCUGACUCUGGUGUUGUGAUGGACGAUGGCUCUGAAGAGAGCGGCAGUGUAAUGGGGACGGGUCUUGGCCAUAGGGAUAGUCUAAGGACUGUUCGUAGUGCCACGAACCGAGGGAGUCAAGUCCCUGAAACAGUCCGCGAGAUCGUUCCACCAACGUCGAUGGGCACUGGCUUUGAUAUGAUGCAGCAGCCUAUGCUUAGCAUGUCCAAUGGCCAGAUUGGUCCGGCCGAUGUACAAGCCUGGAACAACGGCGUGUUAUAUCCUCAGUUGGUGGCAGAUCAACUCAUACCAGCUGGUGGAAUGACGCCGCAGACUGAGUAUGUGAACUGGGGACAGAUAUAUCCUGGGUUUGAUUCUUUGGGCAAUGUCCAGGGUGGCUUUACAGGUUUUAAUGGACAGCAGUGA